AUGUUGCUUUCCCGUAGGCAUAUUCCACUCUUUUGGAUCUCCUUAUUGAUCUGUAUUUGUCUCCUGAAUGUGGUAGCUGCACAUCGUAAACACCAUGACGACGAUGACGAUGACGAUGACGAUGACGAUGAUGAUUGGAGCUGGAAGAAGAAGAAGCACCACCACCACCACGAUGACGAUGACGAAGACGAUGAUCGAAGCCACAAGGACAAAGACAAGGACACCGACACCGAUGUAGUCCCCACACCCGAAUACAAGACACCUGUCAACACAGACUGGUUAGAAGGCAUUGAUUUAGACAGCGCUGUGGGAGAAAUCCGACCCGUAGGAUCUGGUAUCUGUGAGAGUCCCAAAUGUGAUGGUUCCGAUAAUGAAAGAUGUUUCGAAAGCUGCGGUAACAUGGCAACCGAUGACGAUAUUUAUGGCUGUCGUGAUGCUAAAACAUGGGCACUGACUUUUGAUGAUGGACCUAGCAAUUUUACAAAUGAAUUGUUGGAUAUUUUGGAAGAGGUGGAUGUCAAGGCAACCUUUGUAGUCAUGGGUGCUCAUGCUAAAUUAUAUCCCGACGUCUUGCGUAGAGCCUUCCAAGCUGGUCACCAAAUCGCUUCUCAUACUUACUCUCACUCUCAUCUGAUGAGCUUAACCAACGAGGAAAUUGUGUAUGAAAUUAAAGCAACGGAAGAAGCCAUUGAAGAAGCCAUUGGUGCUAAACCCAAGUACAUUCGUCCUCCUUACGGUGAAGCUGAUGCCCGUGUGAAGAAUCUCUUGAAGCAAAUGGGUUACAAGGUCUUGAUGUGGAAUGUUGAUCCAACAGACUACAAUGUACAUAUGAAGAGUGAUGGUCCUGCUCGUAUCUUGAAAUCAUUUGACAAGGCUGCUACAGAAGGAGAUGAGAAUUACUUGAAUGUGCAUAAAGAUCUUGGUUUUAUCAGUCUUCAACACGAUUUGUACAAAAACUCGAUUAAGCAAGUACCACGUAUUGUGAAACGUCUUCGUAUUCGUGGCUACGAGUUUAUGACGGCAGCAGAGUGUGUACAAGAUGAAGAACCUCAUGACCGAGAAGAUAGAGCCAUGUUGGUGAGUGCCCAAAAUGUCGAAUCCAAAGAAGUAGACAACAAGGAAAUCACUCAAAGCGAAAACGAUCAAUCCGCACAACAACAACAACGACAACAACAAAUUGCAAGUUCUGCAAACUCUUUUGGUUACCCUCUCUACCUGACUUUUGUCUUGGUAUUCGUUGGUUUAUCAGGAUACUUUAUUUAG